UACACAUACCGGAAGUGACGUCUCUAACGCUGAGCCAGGUUCGGCGCAGGUUCACGUAGGUGAGCGGGGCUGGGGGCUGUGCUCCUAGACCGCUAUGAGCUGCACCAUCGAGAAGAUCCUGACAGACGCUAAGACUCUGCUGGAGCGGCUGCGGGAGCACGACGCGGCCGCAGAGUCGCUGGUGGACCAGUCAGCCGCGCUGCACCGGCGGGUGGCCGCUAUGAGGGAGGCGGGGACGGCGCUUCCGGACCAGUAUCAAGAAGAUGCAUCCGAUAUAAAGGAUAUGUCCAAAUUCAAACCGCACGUUCUGCUGUCCCAAGAGAACACACAGAUUAGAGACUUGCAGCAGGAAAACAGAGAGCUAUGGGUCUCCCUGGAGGAACACCAGGAUGCCUUGGAGCUCAUCAUGAGCAAGUACCGGAAACAGAUGUUACAAUUAAUGAUUGCUAAGAAGGCUGUGGAUGCUGAACCGGUCCUGAAAGCUCACCAGUCUCACUCUGCAGAAAUUGAGAGUCAGAUUGACAGAAUCUGUGAAAUGGGAGAAGUGAUGAGGAAAGCAGUUCAGGUGGACGAUGACCAAUUUUGUAAGAUUCAGGAAAAACUAGCCCAAUUAGAGCUUGAAAAUAAGGAACUUCGAGAAUUAUUGUCCAUCAGCAGUGAGUCUCUUCAGGUCAGGAAGGAAAACUCAAUGGACACGGUUUCCCAAGCCAUCAAAUAACUCAACUUCUGAAUGACAGCUGGAGAGUGUCAAGGAAGGAAAUUAUUAUCUUUCUAUUUGAAUAUUGUCCAUUUAGUGUCUUGCCUCAGACUUGAUUUAGUGUUGAUUAAAGGUAUCGUGUGGCAGUUUAGAAUUCGAAGUCAAAGUGGCUGUCCACAAAACAGUUUUUGGGUGUGUUCGUGAAAAUACACAGUUUCACAUUCCUUUUUCUGAGAGAUGACUUUUAAUUUUCAGUUCUGGGACCUCGAUUUACAUAAACUGUAUUACCAGUUCCUUCUUGUUUCUUCACAUCUCUGAAACUUAGAACCUUUUACUAUAAGUCAGCAAUUUUAUUUUAUAUAGGAAUAUAAAUUACAGUUCUAAAAAAAUGUUUAAAAGAGAUAAGCUUUUUAAAUCUAUUUGGCCUAAACCUAGAUUUUUUUUUUUUCCAUUUGAGAAGAGUGAUACAAUUCCCUAGCACUGGAUUAGCAGAUUCUCUGAUUUGUAACAUCAUUCACCUCCUAUGAAGUUCUAAGUCUCUCUCUCUGGUGCUAAGAGUUGGCACUUUAUGACCUGGUGUCUUUACUCUUUAAUUUGAGAGAACCUACUGCUAAUCCCCGAGAAACAUACUUGAAAGUAAGUCCCUUUUUUCUAGUGAUAGUAGAGUCAUUGUAUUGUUCAAAGAAUCCUGAGAAAUUUGUCCUGUGUAUGUGCAGAUACACAAGUACUCUUAGUUCAGAUCCUAAAGGGAGCUUUUAUUUAUUCUAUUUGAUAUUAAUAGCCAAUUUUUCAGUAUUGUCCUCAGAGGAAAUCUUCAACUUGGAUGGUUUACCCGGUUGAAGAGCAUAUAAUAGGUUUAUUCACAUCAGUUUUUAAUGUGCUACAUUCUGUUUACUAUAUAUAGAACUUCUAUCUUAUAGUUAAGAACCAUCACUUACUUAGAGGUCUUUCAUUAUUAGUACCGAAGGUUGGCUUUCUUUUUGGAUUCACUUUUCAUUCACUUUACGCCAUUCGUCAUGCUGUGUAGACAACAAAGCAAUGUUGAGAUUCAAACGCUGAGUGGUCAGCGACUCUCGCUCACCAACUCAUUCUUCCAUCUCAGUUUAGUCACACGUGAAAUUUACAAACUACUUCAUGUUACUAUCAAAUUAGGUUUGCCCAAGAAAUAAUUGAAAUAACUAAUCCUAAACCUGUCCAUAUUUUCCAGUAGCACUAAGCGCCAUACUGCAAAGGAGAGACACGGUAUUAAAAAGUUUUUGGUUAGUACUUUGUAUGAUGUAAACUUUCGUCCUGCCAUAAAGAAUUAACUCCAGUUAAAACAAUUAAACCUCACUAAGAUCUCCUAAAAGCAUCUGAUCCAAGUAAUACUGAAAGGGCUUCGCCUAUAGUGGUGGUCUUUAAUAAUGAGGUAUUUUAGAAUUUGUCAAAUUUCUAUUCAAAGUCCCACACAGAAUUUGAAAAAGACUACCACCUCCAGUGUAGGCAUUUUUAUUUUGUCUUCCAAGAGUAAGUAAACCGUUAGUCCAGCCUUUUGGCUUGAAGUAUAUUGUCCUGAAUGCCACUGCAUGUCCCACAGUUCCACUCAGGAAGCAGGUACCCCUAUACAAUCUGUCAGGUCCCAUACCCAGUUUUCAGUAAAAACGAUAGUCAUCAAAUGGCCUGUUAAAGUAUGACAUGGUGUCUAUCUGCCUUAUGUUCCUUUUUAAGGGGUUUAUAAAGUACUUUACAUCUUGGAUAUCAGGAUAAUUCUACAUGGUAACUUUUCGCCCUGGCAAAUCAAAGUUUGAAGUUUGAGUCUAAGAGUUCUCAGUGCCCAACAUAAUGUAAAUUCUGGCUAGUGUUAAUAUAAAUAUAUCAUUUCUAAUAAAAACUUCAUUUUGAGAAUAACA